GUCGGGAUUGAACUCACGACUACUCAGGACCUUCGUAUUGUGAGGCAGACGCACUAACCCCUGAACCACCGUCCUGCCCCCUUGACCUUUGUGUGCAUUAUAAAUGUAUGUUUGUUGUUCAAUAAAACAAUAAAAAAAAAAAAAAUAAAUAAAAACCCUUGCCAAAAAUGACAACGCAUUUAAAUUGUUAUAAAAAAAUAUAUUUUUAUGCAUUCGUUCGUUUUAAAAAAUGGCAGCCAAAUCACGUGUGGAUCGCGUGCCCGUUGGCUCCGCCCCCGGAAGUGAACAUAAACAAACCGACGACGCCAAAGAAGACAUGAGCGUUAUGGCGGAGGUAGCAACGCUGCCUCACAACGUUCGCUUAGAAUUUACUUCGACAUAAACUUGACGCCCGCGCUUGUGUCUCGUUUUUAUUCGUGGCGAGGGCGAUAGAAUAAGCCUCACCCCCUUUUCGCCGCCCCCCCCCCAAUAAAGCUAGCUAUAAGACGCCACAAGCGGGGCUGAGUGGUGAAGUAACGCGACACCGCAGCGGAGGCGGCGGCGAUAGAGGAGGAGGAGGAAGAGGCGGAGGAGGAGGAGGAGGAGUAGGACGCUCCGGCGAUGAUUGAUUGUUAGGCGAACGCCGCGGCAGCACGGAGAGGACAUAACGGGACGUGGUUUGGCAGGUCCUGCAAAACCAAGAGGAGGGCAAACUUCAAAGCCAAGAGGAAGGUGCUGGCCUGCGUCCCCCCCCCCCCCCUGCAGGAUGCUACGCCGCAGCUCACCUUGAAAGAGCGGGCUGCACCGUGACCCUUACCACAUCUGUCAAAAGUCAACCCGCGGCCUCCGGAGCCAAUAUGGGACACUUAGACGCGGCCCAAGCUGGAUUUUAAAGCGGCUCCGACCUCCCGAGAUGGAGAGGCUGGAACCGGAGCAGGAGAGGGAGGCCGAGGCGCCCAUGCACAGCGUACACGGAGCCAACCGGACCCGGCCGUCGUCCUACCGGGCCCUGCGCAGCGCCGUGUCCAGCCUGGCCCGCUUGGACGACUUCAGCUGCGAGAAGAUAGGAGCCGGGUUCUUCUCUGAGGUGUUUAAGGUGCAGCAUCGCGUGUCGGGCCAGGUGAUGGCGCUGAAGAUGAACAUCCUGGCCAGUAACCGGGCCAACAUGCUCAGGGAGGUCCAACUAAUGAACAGACUGUCGCAUCCCAACAUCCUCAGGUUCAUAGGAGUGUGCGUCCAUGAAGGGCAGCUUCAUGCGCUUACGGAGUACAUCAACGGUGGUAACUUGGAGCAGCUGUUGCACAGCGACAUUUUCCUGUCAUGGAAUGUGCGUAUUGGCCUGGCGCUGGACAUCGCCCGCGGCCUGCGCUACCUGCACACCAAGGGCAUCUUCCACAGGGACCUCACAUCCAAGAACUGCCUGGUGCGCUGGGAAGGCGGAGUCUGCUCAGCCGUGGUGGGAGACUUUGGCUUGGCGGAGAAAAUCCCGGAUUACAGUGAUGAUGUAAACCAGGAGCCUCUGGCUGUGGUGGGGUCCCCCUACUGGAUGGCUCCGGAAGUGCUGCGCGGCGAAGUGUACAAUGAGAAGGUGGAUGUGUUCGCAUAUGGAAUCAUCCUGUGUGAAAUAAUUGCAAGGAUACAGGCUGACCCUGACGUCCUGCCACGCACUGAGGACUUUGGUCUGGAUGUGGUCACCUUCACCCAGAUGGUGGGAGACUGUCCCACAGACUUCCUGGACCUGGCUGUCCUCUGCUGUAACCUGAGUGCCAAGUGGCGUCCGUCUUUCUCUCACAUCGUGGUGGAUCUGGAGAAGAGGAGGCAGAGGGAGGAGCUCACAGUGUCAGAGGUUUCCCCAGCAGCCGGCCCCCUAAGGAGGCGGUCCCUCGGCCUGCCGUCGGACCCCCGCCUCUCCCGCAGCAAAUCGGACAUGCUCCACAGCCUGGACGCGACCCCGUCCGUCAGCCCCUCACACCCCGCCCGCAUCAACCCCUUCUCCCAGCGGGAGGACCUGAAAGGCGGCAAGAUCAAGUUGUACGACACGCCCAGCAAGUCGGUCAUCUCCCUCACCUUCACGCUGCCGCCGCCGCCCGACCCCUGUGGUGGCCCCCAUGAGGCCGACCCGUGUCGGAGGCACCGGCGCUGCCACUCUCUGCCGUGCAUGCCGCCCUCCCACCUUAGCGCCGCCUUUAGCCGGGUCUUCCCCGAGGAGACGUGGCUGUGUGGCGAUGUGAACUGUGAAGACCAGAGACUGCUGAGUGGUGAGAAGGACGCACUGGAAGGGGGCGGGGCUUCUUGCCUGCUGGACGAUUCCGGCAUUCCGCCGUCGCUUGAACCGAUCUCAUUGGACAAAGAGAAGCAUGAGGAGGAGCCGAUGGACUGCAGCAGCUCUCCGGAGACGCAAGACCCCUCCUCGUCGUACUCCAAGCUCUCCUCCCCUCCUUCCCACUCCUCCACCCCCUUCUCAAACGGCUGGGUGUCAACCAUCUCCUCCCGCCGCCCCCCCCUGCCUCAUUUGGACAACAGCAAAGUGGUGGUGAACGGACCUCUGAGUUGGAGCGGCACCUUGUCCAACAACAACAGCUACCACUCGCCGUCCGGCGAGACCGCCGCUUUGUCGCGGUUUGGCUCCGGCAGCGGUCAGUCUCUGGACCAGGAGGAGGUCAUCUCCUGCCCCGGAUGCUGCCUGGCAGGCCUUCGCUUCCCAUCCGUGUGUCUCAGGGCGCCACCCAGUAGGAACGCCUACAAGAACCUGAACGGGGACCACACAGCCUCCCGUGGGCUGCUCAGUCCUGGACCCAAGGGUCUACCGCCCUCUCCCACACCGACCACCACCAGCUUGGAGCCGGCGCUCGGUUUGCCAAAAGCGCACACCUAAAUUUGCUCUCGUCGGCAAAAUGGCCCCCAAAAAUUCCCGCAACUUGUGGGUCAUGUGAUAAUUUGCACAUAUUUUAAUGCAGCAAUAUAAAUGCGUGUUUUGGUUACCUAAACACGUUGUGGCCUCCAAUGCCUGAUAGCUUGGCUUUGGUUUGUACAGCGCCCUCUGCUGGGCUGAGGGUGCCUUCCCUGCGUGGAUGAGAAUAUGCAGCAUCCAAUCCCGCAUGUAAACAUGUUGGCUUCCUGCCACGUGACCGCUGACUGAUGCUCCGAUGAGGAAUGUUAAGCUUAGUAUUAUUACUGUUGCAAUGGUUUUUCUUUGGAAUGUUUGGUGCUGUUGAACUUUGUCUUCAAAAAUAUUCAAGAGUUGUUAGUGCACCACUGAGGGUACGUGUGUGUGUGUGUGUGUGUGUGUCUCUACUGUUCAUUUGGCUUUUUUUGUUGCUGUUUUUUUUCUUUUUGGACCCCCUUUGGGUGCCACUUAAAGCACUUCAACUGUUAUUGAAACUUGUUGUUUUGGCAAUGGAUGUCCAAAAUAUGAUUAAGAGUUGUUUGUAUUAUUAUUAAAAUGGAAUAAAUGAUCAAAUGCAAAA